GACAGAAGUCUCAAAGGUCAUAAAUGAACUAUAUAAAUCCUAAGCAACAAAACAUUCAGCGUACAAAAAAGUUCAGAACAAGAGGAUGAAGCUGUUGGUGUGUGCUAUCAUUGCCCUUCUGCAGCUGGAGGCUCUCUGUGUUCCUGCAUCGGAUAAAAGCAGUCUGCAGGAGACAGAGGAUGGAGCUGUCCCUCUUUUGGGCCCACAAACACCUCCAGACCUUCUAAUGGGUUCACAGGUUUCCCAUUCACGUGUUCGCCGAGCAGUAGAGCAAGAUAUAAAGUGGGUGACAUGGAAUUACAACUUACCCUCUGGAGCAAUUGCCAUUUACAAUGACUAUGCUGGGCGAACUGACUAUGUCUGCCGUAGUGGAUGUAAUUCGGGUUUCUAUUCCAGAACCAAAGGACCAUACUGCCAUUACCCCUACGGUGACAAAGAGUACAGAGUAAGCUCAUUUGACGUACUGGUUCUAGAAAAUAGCUCUGGGGGUAUUAAAUGGGAAUACGGUUCUUAUGGUUCUGUGCCCGUGCAUGCAGUUAGAGUGUGUUCAGAGAAGGAAAUAUAUGUGGGCAAGAACAAGUAUGGCCUUGGAAAAGUCGAUCGGAAAAAUACGGCCUUCUUUCUGCCCUGGAAUGGUUCUGAGUACUGGUACAAACAAUACCAGGUUCUGGCCUACAGUUAUACUUAGAAAGAAAAGUUUGCUAAUCUUUGCUAGCCUCCUCUCUUAAUUCCUCACUAUACUAAUCAACAUGUAAAAAUGUACAAAUUAAAAAAAUGUACAAUAAAAAAAUUUGCAUCUGUG